GCAGCAAACAACGUGUCUAUCAAGUUGGAAACAAUGGGAAAACCGAAACACAUGACGAACAAACAGAACCCGUUCGCUAAGAAAAAACGCAACAAUAAGGAAAAGGGCGCUGCUGAACCACCGGCACGGAGAGACAAGCCGUACGAAAGCAUUGUGCUAGAGAACGAAUCAUUUGAGACGUACUACAAGCAUCAGCAGAUCUGUGGUAACGAUGCCGAGUGGGACCAAUUUAUCGCACACAUGCGAAGGAAUCUUCCGGUAACAUUCCGCAUUACCGGUUCGAAGGCGCAAGCAACGCUGCUGCUGAAGCUGAUCAAGCAAGACUUCUUUGAGGAGUACAUGCGUGCGGUGAAGGAACUGCGCAAUGAAGACGCGGACGCGCAGGUCGAACCACCCCAGUGUCUUGGAUGGUAUCCGCGAGAAAUGGCCUGGCAGUUGGAGCUGUCCCGCAAGGACAUCCGUCGUUCCGAGCCACUGUUUAAGCUGCACAAUUUUCUCAUCUCGGAAACCAGCUCCGGGUACAUUAGCCGACAGGAGGCAGUGUCUAUGAUACCACCGCUGGUGCUGGGUGUCGAGUCGCACCAUAAGGUGUUGGAUAUGUGUGCUGCACCCGGGUCAAAAACGGCCCAACUGAUCGAAUCACUGCAUGCGAACGAUGGUGGUUCCGCCACACCGUCCGGGUUUGUGAUGGCGAACGAUGUGGACAAUAACCGGUGCUACAUGCUGGUACACCAAGCAAAGCGUCUUAACUCACCGUGCUUUCUUGUGACGAACGGCGACAGCUCUACGUUCCCUGCGAUGCAAUACACAAAGGACGGGAUGGUGUGUCCGCUCAAAUUCGAUCGGGUGCUGUGCGAUGUACCGUGUUCGGGCGAUGGAACAUUGCGCAAAAAUGCCGACAUCUGGAACAAGUGGAACCUGGCACAAGCGUCCAAUCUGCACGGACUACAGUACCGGAUACUGAAGCGUGGCGCAGAAUUGCUCGAAGUAGGCGGUAGGGUCGUCUACUCAACCUGCUCUUUAAAUCCGAUCGAAAACGAAGCCGUUCUGCAUCAUUUGCUGAAGGAAUCGGACGGUGCGCUGGAGAUUAUUGAAUGUAGCGGUAUGCUACCGACGCUUAAGUAUUCUACCGGCAUGACCUACUGGGAACCGGCCUCGAAAGAUCUUACAUUCUACAAGACGUUCGACGACGUGCCCGAAUCACAGCGCACCGUUAUCCGGCCCGGCAUGUUUCCACCGUCGAAGGAGGAAGCGGUCGAAAGGUAUCAUCUCGAUCGGUGUUUGCGCAUCCUGCCACACCAACAAAACACGGGCGGAUUCUUUGUGGCACUGUUGGAGAAAAAAAAAUCACUGCCGUGGGAAACGGUGGCGGUCGAUGGGCAGGAGGCAACCGAAAGCACGCCAAUUGUUGAACCUCCGCCGAAGAAAGCGAAGUAUAUGCGUGGAUUUAAAGAGGAUCCGUUCGUGUUUUUCGAAGACAAGGAAGAGGUGUUUGAUUCGCUUAAUAAGUUCUUCCAGCUACGGGAAGAUUUUGAACCACGAAAUCUGCUCACCCGGUGUAAGGUGGGAAAGAAGAAGAACGUGUACUUCUGCACGAGCAUUGUACGUGAUAUUGUCCAGCUGAACGAGAGGCGCAUCAAGAUUAUUAAUCUGGGUGUAAAAUCUUUCGUCCGGUGCGCCACACGUAACAUUGAGUGUGACUUCCGUCUCGCAAGUGAAGGGUUGGCGAGCGUUAACCCGUUCAUAGGCAGCCAGCGUCGUGUGACGGUACAGAGGAAGGAUCUAAUAGAGCUGCUGUCCUGUACCGAUCCUACAAAGCCGCCGGAAAUUUCUUCACUCACCGCUGAAACGCAACAGAAUCUGCAGAAUGUUGCUUCCGGUAGCUGCGUGCUGGAAUGUAUGGUGGAUGACGUAAAACUUGCCACCGUCGGCUGGAAGGGUGCCAUGAGCCUAAGGGCGUACGUCGAUCAGUACGAUACGAUGCAUAUGCUGCGCUUGCUCGGAGGAGACCUUUCAAAAUUCGAAAAAAAUAAAUUCCAGGACAAACGUGCAGCAGAAGUGGCAGAGGAGGAGGGAUUGGACGAAAACGACGUUGAGACACAGGACGCGACAGUGCAAGAAUCGAACGAUGAUUAG